UUCUUCCACCGGAAAAUAAAAAAGAAAACCAGAAGAGGGCAGUGGAAAUAUUCGUUAAACUUUAUAAACGAUAGCGUAACGCCGCCACCUCAACGUUCCCCUCCGCCGUUUGACGUCUCCGGCACCGUUCCUCCGUCUCUCUAACGCCGUCGUCGGGUUGUUCAGGUUUUGGCUGGGAAAGAGUGACCCGAUAAGUGGCCGGUAUAAGGUUCAAGUUUUUUAGAUUUUUGUGCAAUUAUGGAAAUCGGAUCUUGUAUUAAAGCUCCAAACGGAAGCGGUCCAACGUCAUACGUAACUCGUGCAAGUUGCCUCAAUGGACAAUUUGUUCCAACCCAAAACCGCAUUUCAAAGGCGUCAUCUUAUGUGACACUUCCUAACAAACUUUGCACAUGCAAAGCAACUUUGAAGGAAACCAAUAAUAGCGUUGAAGCUGUCGAGAAGGUAAAAGUGCAGCCUUCUGAGACGGAGCUCUCAAGUUUAACCGCCAUAAGUCCAUUGGACGGGCGUUACUGGAAUAAGGUCAAGGACCUAUCUCGUUAUUUGAGUGAAUACGGUCUGAUCUACUAUCGGACUCUCGUUGAGAUCAAGUGGCUGCUAAAGCUCUCGCAAAUUCCCGAAGUAGUUGAAGUUCCAAAGUUUAGCAAUGAAGCUGAAGCAAAAUUGCAAGGAUUGAUUGACGGAUUUAACGAAGCUGAUGCGAUUCAAGUGAAGAAUAUCGAGAAAAUAACUAAUCAUGAUGUGAAAGCAGUGGAGUAUUUUCUUAAAACAAAAUGUCAAGAAGAUCCGGAGAUAGCUAAGGUGCUCGAGUUUUUUCAUUUCGGCUGUACAUCUGAAGACAUAAACAAUCUUGCUCAUGGACUAAUGCUUAAAGAAGCAGUUAAUUACGUUAUUCUUCCGAUCAUGGAUGAUUUAAUUAAUGCUAUAUAUUCUAUGGCCGAAGCUAAUGCUCACGUUUCUAUGCUCUCUCGGACACAUGGACAGCCAGCCUCACCUACAACCUUGGGAAAAGAAAUGAUAAUAUUUGCCGAGAGGUUAAGCAGAGAAAGGCGAGAUAUUUCACAAGUAGAGAUAUUUGGGAAAUUUGCCGGCGCAGUUGGUAACUAUAACGCGCACGUUGCGGCAUAUCCUGAUGUAAUUUGGCCACAUGUCGCAGAACAGUUCGUAAACUCUCUCGGAUUAAGCUUUAAUCCACACGUAACCCAGAUUGAGUCUCAUGACUACAUGGCUAAGCUUUUUCAUUCAUUCAUCCGGUUUAAUAACAUCUUACUCGAUUUCGAUAGAGACAUAUGGGGCUAUAUCUCUGUCGGCUACUUCAAGCAGGUAACGAAGGCCGGUGAAAUUGGAUCAUCAACAAUGCCUCACAAAGUCAACCCCAUUGACUUUGAAAACAGUGAAGGCAAUCUCGGGAUAGGUAAUGCGGUUUUCGACCAUUUAAGCAUGAAGUUGCCUAUUUCACGUUGGCAGCGUGACUUGACUGAUUCUACGGUUUUGAGAAAUAUUGGUGUCGGCUUGGGAUAUUCACUUCUGGCUUACAAGAGUGCACUUGUAGGAAUUGGGAAGCUUCAGGUCAAUGAAGUUGCAUUAAACAAAGACCUGGACAACGCAUGGGAGGUUCUUGCCGAACCGAUUCAGACAGUGAUGAGAAGAUACGGCGUUGAGGAGCCUUACGAGAAAUUGAAGGAACUUACUAGGGGAAAAGCGGUUAACAAAGAGAGUAUUACCGAAUUCAUUAACCGGUUAGAAAUACCAGUCGAAGCUAAAACCGAGCUUCUAAAGUUAACCCCCCACAACUAUGUUGGUGUUGCAGCGCAGUUGGUGAAGGAUGCGUGUAUCAAACGUCAUGAGUAGGCUUACACUUGCCGAUUAUAUAUCUUUUUCGCUUUGUGGAUCUGGAAGUUUUGAAAAAAUAAACCUUUUUACAUGCAUGAGCUGAGGCUAUGGUAAUGGAUGCUGGUAAACUGCAAUAAUUCUGAAGAAAAGUAGUUGUUUAUGUUGGUUGCAAAUUAUCAAGCUUAUAGUGUUUAGUUUCACUA